GUCUUGCACCCUUUUCACACAACAUCCAGCGCUCAUUUAACAGAACUCAAAGCUUUGCUCCCAGGUCCUGGUGCUCCUUGUAUCCAGCGAGGAUCUGGAGCUCACCUGUUGAAUCUUGCAUGAACAGAGAGGGGAACAUCCUUCCUGACCUAACCCACCCUGCAGAUCACUGAAGAAGCAGAAGAUUGGACUGGGGGGGGCGGUGGAGUGCAGGGGGAAAAGAAGGAAGAGUAUUUUUAUCUUGUGAGUGGUGUGAAUAACACGUCUCUUGCUUCUGAUCACGCACACUACAUCACAAUUUUCCUCAGCUAUUUAUUUCAUGUGUGCCUUGAGGGAGCAGCAGUAGAUUUCUUAGUCCCUCAACUUCAGGGAUUUAAGCUGCAGAGGAACAGGAGAUAACCACCAUUCAUCGGACCUGCUUCAAGGUCCCUGUGCCUUGUCACAGACAGUAACCGAACAGUUCAAGUCUUAUCAGCAGAUCGGUCAGAUCUGGAGAAGCAUCUCUCAAGGUUCUCACAUCUAUGUCUAUAGAGGUGAAGCUGUAGUCCUGCUAUGGGGGAUUCUGAACCAAAGGCUGUCUCUGGCCAGAACAAGGGUAUCUUACCCACCAUCCCUGAGAGAUCUCCUACAAUGAACACUCAAGAAGAUGACACUUUUCUUCCUGCAAGUGCUGAGCGCCCGGCCCUGCGCCUUAAAUUCCACGAAAAAUCUCCUCAGUCUCCUGUCUUUUUCCCGUGUUCUUCCCCAACCUACCUGAAGAGAUUACGAUUAAAUAGGAGUAUUCGGGAAUUCCGCAAACACCGGAGCCUUCAGUUUUGCUUCGAUGUGGAAAAUGGGCCUUCUCCAGGUCGCAGCCCGAUUGAUUCGCAGGCGAGUCCAGGGCUGGUGCUGCACCCCAGCUUCCCACAAAGCCAGAGGAGGGAGUCGUUCCUGUACCGGUCGGACAGUGACUAUGACAUGUCCCCCAAAACCAUGUCCCGGAACUCCUCUGUCACCAGCGAGGCGCACGCUGAAGACCUCAUUGUUACCCCAUUUGCUCAGGUGCUGGCCAGCCUGCGUAGUGUCCGGAACAAUUUCACCAUCCUUGCCAAUGUUACCACACCUACCAACAAGCGCUCCCCAGUAAUGCCUCAGCAAACGGUCUGUAAAGCCACCCUCUCAGAGGAGACGUAUCAGCAGCUAGCCAAAGAGACGUUAGAAGAACUAGAUUGGUGUCUAGAUCAGCUGGAGACCGUACAGACCUAUCGCUCUGUCAGUGAAAUGGCUUCCAACAAGUUCAAGAGAAUGCUGAACCGUGAGCUGACCCACUUGUCUGAGAUGAGCCGUUCCGGGAACCAGGUCUCAGAAUAUAUUUCCAACACCUUUCUCGAUAAACAGAACGAUGUGGAGAUCCCUUCCCCAACACAGAAGGAGCGGGAGAAAAAGAAGAAACAGCAGACCAUGUGCCAAAUCAGUGGCGUCAAGAAGCUCACGCACAGCUCCAGCCUGACCAACUCUACAAUACCUCGUUUUGGAGUGAAGACUGACCAGGAGGAACCUCUUGAAAAGGAAUUGGAUAAUUUAAACAAGUGGGGCCUUAAUAUCUUCCAAGUGGCAGAAUAUUCCAAUAACCGUCCGCUGGGCUGUAUCAUGUACACCAUAUUUCAGGAGCGAGAGUUAUGUAAGACCUUUAAGAUCCCCGUAGAGACACUAAUCACUUACAUGAUGACCUUAGAAGAUCACUACCAUGCCGACGUGGCAUACCACAACAGCUUGCAUGCCGCUGACGUCACACAGUCCACUCACGUGCUUCUCUCCACUCCAGCAUUAGACGCGGUGUUUACAGAUCUGGAGAUCUUAGCCGCGGUGUUCGCAGCUGCAAUUCAUGACGUCGACCACCCUGGAGUUUCCAAUCAGUUUCUUAUUAAUACAAAUUCGGAGCUGGCUUUGAUGUACAAUGACGAGUCAGUGCUGGAGAACCAUCAUCUGGCUGUGGGAUUCAAGCUCCUGCAGGAAGAGAACUGUGACAUUUUCCAGAACCUGACGAAACGCCAACGUCAGAUGAUGAGGAAGAUGGUGAUUGACAUGGUCCUGGCAACAGAUAUGUCCAAACACAUGAGCUUAUUAGCAGACCUGAAGACCAUGGUGGAGACCAAAAAGGUGACCAGUUCUGGUGUCUUACUGCUAGAUAACUACACGGACCGGAUACAGGUCCUUCGCAACAUGGUGCAUUGUGCUGAUCUCAGCAACCCGACCAAACCACUCGAGCUGUAUCGUCAGUGGACAGAUCGCAUCUUGGAGGAGUUCUUCAGACAAGGGGACAAAGAGCGAGAGAGGGGGAUGGAGAUCAGCCCCAUGUGUGACAAGCACACGGCCUCUGUGGAGAAAUCACAGGUUGGCUUCAUUGAUUAUAUUGUCCACCCGCUGUGGGAGACAUGGGCAGAUCUCGUACACCCGGACGCUCAGGAUAUCCUGGACACCUUGGAGGACAACAGGGAUUGGUACCAGGGCAUGAUCCCCCAGAGUCCAUCUCCACCACCAGACGACCCGGAUAAAGAUGAAGAAUCCUGCAUCGACAAGUUCCAGUUUGAGCUGACGUUGGAGGAGGAAGAGGCGGAGGAAUCUGACAAGGACAGGAAUAGUGGCAUUGAGGAAGAAGAGGGUCCUCUCCAAACCCCUGACAUCUCGGAGAAGCAUCCAGACAUUGAGGAGGACAUGUCAACGCAAGAAGGAGCAGUAGAACAGACUGAUGACUCCUCAGACAAUACAUCCCAGGUGGAGUCCUGAACCUUACUGACACUUAAAACUCUUAAAUACGUAACCUAAUAACACAAAGAACUAUUUUACAUGGAGAUCAAAAUGUGUUUUAUUUCCUGUUUCAUAUUUAUUUAAUUUUUUAAUUUUUAAUUUUCCUUUUUUUGUCGUAUUUUUUUCGUAUUCUCAAGGGGAACAAACACAAUUACUGUAGAUUCAGAUACUUUGCACAGAAUAGGAGUUUGUUGCCAUAAGAAAGUUACAACACACUCUACAAACAAAAAAACUGUAACAUUUUAUUUUUAAUACUUUUUUUUUUUUUUUCUUCCCAAAAUUUUUCUUUUUUUUUUCCCUUUUCAAACGGAUGCAACAAGGAAAAAACUAAUUUUAGUUUAUAUACAUUUGUGCAUGCAUUGAUAAGCCAUUUUUUUCAGGAAAAAAAAACAAAAGAACAAAAACCCAUCGAGAAGUAAACUGAAAAACGCGUAAAUUUUUUCCUUUAAUUUGAUACAGUGAAAAGUUGUCGUGUUUUUUUAUUGUCUUUUUUUUUCUCCCCCUUUGUAAGACUACAAAAGGAAAUCCUACUCACUCGGCCAAGCUGGGGGUCACUCCUGUGGAUUAUACUGUAUUUUUUUACAUUUAUUUUUAUUUUUGCAGGGGUGAAGUAGGAAAUCACAAGGACUGUGGAAGGGGUGUGCCUUUUAUGUAUAUGUAUUUUUGUGUCUUUAGUUGUGUGGCAAAAUGGCGCUCGAAUGGCAAAGGCUUCUGGGUAAUCGGUAAACAGCAGCAGUGCUAAAAGGUUCCCCCUGGGCCUUGUAACCUAUAAAAACGCAUGCAUGGUGUUCAGACUUCCCCGAUGGAGGGGUACAAGGUCGACUAGGUUGGAAGGGGAAGAUCUGUCACCCUCUGUUUCGUAGCCAAAUGGUAAAUGAAUGUUGAAUCCUUUAGCCUCCAACAGACACUUUUUUUUUUUUGGUAUAAAAAAGAAAAAAAAUACGUAAAAAAAAGUAAUAUUUUAUUUAAAUCUAUCCUUCUCUUUAACUCUCGUAACAUAGAUAUAUCUAUAUAUAUAUAUAUAAUAUAUAUUUUCUAAAUGCUUAUAAUUUAUCGAUCGCCUUCUCUCAUGAGAUUCACGAUGACGCCAUAGAUUUAUAGGAGGUUGCAGCGAGAGCAGAAAAUUUUAAAAAUGAAAAAAAGAAAAUGGUCUAAUAGAUGGGGAACAGAAUGAUUGUCAAUGCCUCUUGCAGCUUGGUCGAAAGUCUUCCUCAACUGUACUCUUCAUUAAUUUGCACGUACUGGCAAUACAUUCACAACAAAGCGGUUUUUAGGAGACGGCAAGCUGCAA